AUGUCUAAUCCCCAACAGAGUUCCAAGGUCCUCACGUGGACAGAUGAGGAAGGUAAUUCCGGUAUUGUUCAGCCUUACAUUGUGCCUGGCCUGCCCGUUAACCUUUGGGGUCGGGAUAUCCUUGCCCAGUUGAAUCUUAUCAUGUGUAGCUCAAAUGAGAUUGUUGCCAACCAAAUGCUCAAACAGGGUUUCCGCCCUGGACAAGGGCUGGGUAAAAAUUUACAAGGCAUGAAAGAGCCCAUCCAGGCGAUUGAAAAAUUUGACCGCUCGGGUUUAGGCAUGAAAAAUUUACCCCAAUGGCUGUUGACAUUCCUGUACCCCAUGCAGACAAAGGACAAAAUCACUUGGAAAAUUGGUGAAUGGCCAUUAACUUCAGAAAUUGGCUGCGGCUACAGCGUUAAAAAUUUCCAAAGCUCAGCUUUCUUUGGGACUGAAAGUUCUCUGCAGCCUUCUCUACCUGUACUGAGCAACCCCACACCCUCAGCAGCAAGGGUGUGCAACUUCUCCAGGGUCUCCACCUCAGCUGGGAGUUCAGCCUGGCUCCUGCCAUCAGCCUCCAGCACUUCUCUGCAGCCUCUUAUGGGCAGUACCUACCUUUACCAACAUGCUGGCACGACUAUGCUGACAGUGCUGACUGACCAGGGCCAGAUCUCCACCUCCGCGCUGUCCUAUCCAGGUUCUCUCAAGUGGGAUCUAACAGGAAGCACAGGUGGGAGGGCCACUUCACUCCAGGACUUCACUGUGACUAUCAGUGACCCGGACACCACACUCUCCUCACUGUCUGUGACAGCAGAGCGUGAUAAAAUUUUAGAUCCCAAUGUGAUAGUCCCUUUCUAUCCAACACUGUCUAACAACUUUGACCAUGCCACACCACUGCAGAUGCCAAAUCAAGGAUACACCCUGGCACCUUCUUACCAGGAAGGCAGCCAGGUCUAUUAUUAUGACCACAAUGGCCUUUGUCCUUUGGUUCCUGGAAAACGGGGACAGGGCCUGCACACCUACAGCUCUCUGUGCUACCCUGAGAGUCAGACGUCAGCCCAGCAACCAGAAAUGGUGAUGGUGCUAAAAGAGAUUCAGCCAAAGAAUGUGCAAACUCCACUUUCCACCUCUGCCUUCUAUUCUGCACCAGCUCAAGCGAUGACAGAUACCAGUCUUCAAGUGGUGGAAAUGGAAGCAUUCCUGGGAUUGCCACCUUCUGGCCAUACACACAGUCUGAGGCAGAGCCCAGAACUGUGCAACACCCACACCCAGGUUUCCGAAAUGAAGACAACGCCUGUGGAUGAGGACAGGUCCUUAACAGACCCCAUCCACAGCCCUUCAGAUUUCCUGGCCUUGCCUCCAGCUCGAAGCCUGGAACAAACAGAGAAUAAAAACUUGGAUGAGACUAAAGCUGACACAAAAGAAAACGAAGACACAUCACUCCUCUCUUUAGCAAACCCUGACAUGCAGCAGCUUCUAGACUGCACUGAUUCUGUGAGCUUAAGGCAGAAGCCUGUUUCUGACAAUGUCAGUAUGGAGGGUAACAUCAUUGGACCAGAAGAGCAAAGGGCCUUGGACAAUGUGAUGAUGUCCACUAUCGACUUUGCAGAUAUCAAAACAUUGGUGGCAGAUAUUCACCUUCCACAAUUAUUCAACACCUUCACAGACCUAGAACAAUUCCAAGAUCCCACAGCAACCAAAUCCAAAGUCUCCACAGUUCCCUGCAGGGAUCAGGCCCAGGACAUCCCUAGAGUUAUUAGUGGACCAUCAGAGCAGGUGAGGAGGAAAGACCAUGAAGCCUCUGAGCUGCUUGAUGGAACUCCUCAGGCAAAAAUACAGCACAGGGACCUGAUGGAGGGAGAAGAGUUUGUGGGCAGUGCUGGAGUCAUUGACAAGGCUAUUGACAACAGGGCCAAGCACUUGGAAGGCAAAGAUCAGAAAGUGGAACCCAAGCCCAGCAGAGCUAGAACACAGGAGCAAGAUAACACCAAGUGGACCAGAGAAAAUACCUCGAAGAAGACAGAGGAGCUUAAGCAGUCAAGGAAAAAAGUGAAGACAGAAGAGCAACCCACCAUCCCCAAGACCAAAAGGAAGAGGAAUCCUCCUGAGCUCAGCCAUAACAGCUUUAAAAAGCCUCGAACCCACCUCGGCAUGCACAUGCUGGAGUCUGUGCAGGUCUUUCACCCUUUGGGCAAGAAGAGUGAGAAGAAAACUAGCACGUGCUCCUCCCAGGCCCUCAGAAUCUCCAGCAGCAACAAAGAUCCCAGGACAGGCCCAGCCACAACAGCAUUGCUGGAUACGCCACGUGAGGGCCACGGCCCUGACAAAACCAUAGGCAAUGCCCAGAGAGCAGAAAUAGGUGCUCACAAGGAGUUUCUGACCUCAUCCCAGUAUGAGCUGCCCCCACCUGGGAAGGUCAAAUUAGUACCCCUGCCUUUUCCCACCCUGGACAAGCUUCAAGCCAGACCUGUAUCUAGAAAACCCCUCUCCCUGACAUCACACCGGCCCACUGCAGCUCACUCUGCAAGGCCUCAUUCCCACUUAGCUCAGCCAACUCCAGUCAUGCCAGCCCAACCAUCUCUUGCCAGCACAUCUUCAAUGGCCUCUGUCAAGCCAGUUCUGCCCAUUUCCACCAGUGUCUCACAACCUAAUGUACCCAACUCCAACCAGUCUAGCACUGUGCCUCAGUCUGCUGCAUCAAGGCCUCCACCCGAAAGAGCAUCGUCUCACACUUCACUCCAGAGGGAGCUUGUUUCUGCUGCCAGGAAGAAGGCACCAUCACCUGGCAAACUUCAAACCCAGUAUCUGCUGCAAGACUUUAGCCGGCAACCUAUUCCAUGGAGGAAAGUUGACAUUCCAGGGCCAGUUAUCUCACAGCCCAUCACAAAUGAGCAGAGGCCAGAGAGGGAGGCCAUGAAGAGGAGGGCUCAACAGGAGCGAGAGAAUGCUGUCAAGUACCCCUCCUCUAGGAAACUGCAGCUUUUCCUUCAGAGGGAAAGGGAUAUGGAAAUUUCUCAAUAUUAUGGCUAUGCAAUGUAA